UUCACAAAUUAAACCUGCCGCCGCAUUUUCUUUGCUCUCUUUCCCCUUAAUCUUGCUACUAUACCUCUCUUUGCUCUCCAUAUUUCUUCAAAAUGGAAUACCAACCUUUGACAACUUCAAACAUCAAUGACAGUAUUAUCGUGAAAGAAGUUAUGGAUACUCAUGGUCCAGUUAGCAAAGAUUUUAAAGCAAGUUAUACCCUCCACUUUGUGAAGAAGAUUCUCUUUCUUAUCAUGAUGGGUGGAAAAGCCAUUUAUGAAGAUGAGGAUGAGUCUGAUGAUAAUGAACCUGAGAACAGCACUAUGUCUAAUGAGAUGGAAAUCAAAGACAGAGAACAUUCCUAUCAAAUAAAGCGGCUUUCAUUUGAGAUAGCAUUGAGGUGUUCAGAAAAUGCCCAUGAUCCACACUCAACUGUAAUGCAUUUUAUGAAGAUGUUGUGUGCAUAUCCGUGGGAAGGCAAGCUUUUGAUGAUGAUGGCUGCUUUCUCUAUCAACUUUGGAGAAUUCCGCCUCCGAGCUCUCAAGGGAAGUAAAACUCCAUUAUUGGCUAUGGCACCCUCCCAUAUCCAACGAUCUAUUUCCCUUUUUAUCAAAUCAGUCUUACGACUUACUAACACCAUUGUUGAGCUUGCACAAUCAUCUUCUUAUAAUUCUUCACCAGUCAUACCGCUUGCUUCUUAUUGGAUCUUUACAAGUAUCCUAACUUGUGCGUCCUAUUUCAAUUGCCUUCCGAGCAUUAUUGGUUCAGAGUGGCUUACGGACGAAGUAUCAAAGCUAUCCAGUUUAACCGCCAUUGUUAAAGACAUAUUCUCUGAUUGCCGCCCAAUGCUUGAAAUGAAGAGAGAAGAGGAUUCUUACAACGCAUUGUGGCGUGCAUUCUCGGAUGAAAAUCCAACCCCUUCCACUAAACUGGAUGUUCUCAAAUUAAUAUUUAAUGUUAAGGAUGUUGACAAAGAGAAACCUUUAUUUGAUCCAAAAGGCAGAAUGGUAAGAUUACGCUCAUUAGAGAACAAAAAGUUGGCAUUGGUUAUAACAUCACACCUUGACAUUGACUAUUCAAUGAUGAUUGCAUCCCGCUGUAUUAGUCAAAUGAUAGCUCAUUUAUGGAUUCCUAUAGUGGAUGAUCCCACUUUAUGGAAUACUGCUGCUAUGGAAAACACUUAUAGAACAUUAGCAAGCAAGAUAAAACUCUAUACCCUGAAAAAUGUACAAAAAUCUAUAGCAUCGAGAUUUGCAAGAUUUGUAAAGAAGAAAUUCUUCCCAACUUUUCAAAUAGGGGGUGGGCCUAUCGUUGUUUUACUGGAUCACCAAGGAAGGAUGCUUCUCUGCAUAGCAGCACACAUGAUACUAAAGAGAAUUACAGAUCUUAUUACAAAGGGUGGUGGUAGUAAUGAAUUUAUUAAGAGAGAUAGCAAAGUUCCUUUGUUCAAGAAUAUGGUGAAGGAAAUGACUUUAUCUGUUAGACAUUUAGUGUUUGACAUUGAUGAGAAGAUAAGUGAUUUUGCUAAGGAAAUGGACAGUAAAUUGAAAGAAUGGUGUGAUGGCAUUGAGAGUGAUAUAGUAAAUUCGAUGGAAAACAUCGUGUUCAAAGCUCUAAUGGAAGAAGAUCAUUGGAAGGAAAAAACUUGGUGCACUAAGCUUCUAAUAGCAAGUAGCUACAACUUGAACGAAGAAGCAAAGGAAUGGGUUAAUGCCAAUGAGCACAUAUUUUUUAUUGGAGGAAAGGACAUUACAUGGGUUAAAACAUUUGCAUCCAAGAUAUUGACAAAAAUUCAUUUUAACCCGCAACUGACGGUUAAAAUGGCUUAUGUCGGUAGCAAUGAAAAAGUAAUAUCAGCGAUUGGUCAAGGCAAGAUUUGUGAGACAUUUAACAACAUUGUGGGUAGAUUUAUGUUUUGGAUAAAUCUUCAAAGCAUGUUUUUGUCAAGGAUCAAAUUCUUAUAUGAGACUUGUGGUGAUGAAGAAAGUGACGAAAUUGUCAAAGGACUAAAAUUUUUGCUAUCAUAUGAAACUGAAGGAGUAGCAGUUGAUGGGUGGGCUUUGCUAUGCAAGGGGAACAAGAUAGUCUUAUAUGACCUAGGAGAUAAGAUGUUGGCGGUCAUAAAUGAGUACGAGAAAUGGAAGGAAAGUGCAAUAAUCAGAGGCUUUGACCAAGCAUUCAAAGAUCAUCAUCAUGAGAUGUUUGGUUCUACCAGUACUCCACAACAUCACCCUUGUGCUCUUGAAUAUCCAUCUAAUUCUGACAAAGUUCCAGAGAAUAUAAAAUGUCCUCAAUAUUGUCACAAUAUGCAAAAAUUUGUCACUUUCAAGUGUGAUCAUGGAGAUGCAAAUAAAAUUGAAGAACUUUCUGAUAUGCUCGAGGAUUAGGAUAUGCUUGUAUUGGUUGAUAUCAACACAUAUUGUAAUGGCUUUUUUUUACGUGUAAUUUAGUUUUUUACGUACUGUA